AUGUCCAGGUGCACCAGGCAAGUGUUACUAGUCAACAGGGGUGCUCACUCCUCUAUGGCACCAAAUAACACCUUUGUUUUUGGAGGGAAUGAGGUAGUCCAUCAGUUAACAAAGGGAAAGAACUCAUUCCUCUAUGUUUCAAUCACACUGGUGAAUGGAAGCAGACUGUAUGAGUUGUACGACCGAUUCUCUAUUUCCAAUGAAGGAGAUAAAUAUCGACUCUUUUUGGCGGGAGAUGCCACGGGGACCUUAGGUGACAAAAUGUUAAACUCUGGGUCUAGUUCCUAUGUUCUGAGUGGAAUGUACUUCACUACGUAUGACAGGGAUAACGACAGGGGAGGUAAAAACUGUGCUGUGGAUUGGAGAGGUGGUUGGUGGUUUAACGCCUGUUACUCGGCUUUCCUUAAUGGUCCGUGGUCCACGGAAAGGUGGUGUUGUCCGUGGCAUCCUACAGUUAGGGACGGGACAUCUAUAAAAGAGACCAGCUUGAUGAUCAAACGUCACUAG